AUCAGUCAUUUGCCUCCCGUACACCCCGACUGGGGACUGAACCUGCAACCUAGGUAUGUGCCCUGGCGGGGAACUGAACCCACCAACUUUUUGGUGUUUGGGGUGAUGCUCCAACCGACUGAGCACCCAGCCACAGCUGAUCAGUUAUCUUUGGGAAUGCAGCACGCUGGCCUCCUGGGACUUCCCUUACCCUCAUCCAUUCCCUUGUCUCAUCUCUGUGUUGGAUCCCUGUUUCCUUUUCCCAGGAUUAUAAUCCUAUUACUUUCAGGCAAAUCUAUUUCUAUAUAACAUACACUAAAGUAACAGUUAUAUGUGUUUCUGGUUUAAGGACAUAAAACCUGUCUAAAUUAAAAUGCUAGUUUUAUAAUUUUUGUCCAUUAAAACUGAACUCUUAAAGUAUAAUACUGAUAAAGGGUUGCAUUUGAAGGUUAUCAUCUAACCUUCAAAAAGUGGGAUCUGUAAAAAUAUUAGCAUAAUAAAUUAUCACAUGAUUUGCUGUGAUCCUUAAAGUUUCCAAGCAUCCAUCUUUUGUAUGCUGUUUUGUUUUGUUUUUUACUUUAAAGCUACCGUAAAAAUUAUUCAGGAAAGUUCUGUACCACCUAAUAUUGUUCAGGCCUCACUCUCAAAGCUUGGAACAUAAUUCAUGCUUCUUUGUUGCUCCCAUUCAAGUUUAACAUAGACUAAUUAAUCAAAAGGAAGUAUGGACUUUGGGGAAAGAGAUUAAAUAGAGAUAAUCAAAUGAAUGUUUGUUUCAAAGUUGCAUAUUUACCUUUAUCAAUUCUUAAGGUAACAGCCAUAUCAUCAGUCCUAUUAAGCACAUGUGAGGUUAUUCAGCUCCAAGCUAAAUGUAGAUAUAAAUGAAUUUAUCUAAAAACAGUUGUUUUAAGCAGGAAAAUUAUUUUUCAAUUCCAAAAAAAAUUAAAAAGUAACAAAGUAUGCAUGAAAUUUAAUUAAACUAUGCCUUUUUUUAUGGGUUCUCUUUAGCCUUAACUUCUUUGUAUUGAUGCAUGCUCCUUCCACCCAGGGCUGAGAAGCAGUCUGCAGAAGUCAGUAUAAGUAACCAAGGUGACAGUUGUAGAGGGUGGCCAAGGGUGACUAUUGCAGUAAAGACUUCAGCUGGCCAGACCUUCAGGGAGGGAGGGAGGAGGCUAUACUUCGUUACCUUGCCUCUCAUGGGCCAUUUCCACCGUCUUUUAACUGAACCUGCCUCUUCACUCACAGGGAAGAUGCUCAGUGAAAUGCAGCCUUGCCCUGAUUGGAUCAGAGGAACAAGACAAGAAAUAUUCUGAUCUCUUUACCCUAUUGUGCUUGCAGAUGUUACUUCCAGACUCUUAAGAUGGCAGCUGUUGACCUAUCCCCCAUAUGGGCUUUGACUGCCCAGGACUCUGCCUGUUUCUAUGUUAGAAAUACUGAGGAGGAAAGGAUGGUGGCUGGGUUUUCAGGAACCUGGUUACAGGGACCGGUGACCUUUAAAGAUGUGGCUGUGGAGUUCACACAGGAGGAGUGGAUGAUGCUGGACUCUGCUCAGAGAAGUAUGUACAGAGAUGUGAUGUUAGAAAACUACAUAAAUCUCACCUCAGUCACAUGUCAAUUAUGCAAGUUUUCUGUGAUCUCCCAGUUGGGUCAAGAUGAGAUGAGAGCUAUGAAAAGAAUGAUUCCCAAGGGCACCUAUCUAGACUGGGGAAAAACAUCCAGUGGUAAAAUGGUAAGAUUCAUGAUGGAUGAUUGGUCUUCCACAUUAAGAGAAGACUGGGAAUGCCAUAAGAUCAGAAAACAGCACAAGAUCCCAGAGGGUAAUUUGAAGCAAAUGACAUUUACCCAAAAGAAAACAGCGUAUCAGGAGAGAUUCUAUGACUAUCAUGAAUUAGAGGGAAACUCUAAACUUAGAUCAAAACUUGUUUUUUCAAAGAGAGUUUCCACCAGCAAACACUGCCAUAACUGUUACUUAAGUAUUGAGUGCUUGAAGCAUAAUUCAAUCCUAAACAAUUAUGAGAAAAACUCUGUGAGUGAGAAGCUCUGUGAAAGUCAUGAAUAUGACAGAACUCUGUGGCAUCUUGAACAAACUCAAACAGCACAAAAAGAGUACACAUGUUCUAAACAUGGUAUAUACUUCAAACAUAAUAUGCUUCCUUUACAUAACAAUUUUCAUUUGGAGGGAAAUUCCUAUGAAUGCAAUAAAAACAAAACUUUUUGUCAUUCAUCCCUUAAACAACAGGAGCAGUCUCCUAAUGGAGAGAAACAUGAAUGUAAUCAGUGUGGAAAACCCUUCAAAAGGACUUCUAAUCUUAUUUUGCACAAGAGAAGUCACAUGGGUGAGAAGCAAUACGAAUGUAAAGAAUGUGGGAAAGUCUUCAAUGAUUCCUCAACCCUAAGGAGACAUGUAAGAACUCACACUGGUGAGAAACCCUAUGAAUGCCAUCAGUGUGGGAAAGCGUUCAGUCAAAAAACAUCUCUUAAGGCCCAUGUGAGAACUCACACUGGAGAGAAACCUUAUGAGUGUAAUCACUGUGGAAAGUGUUUUGGAACAAGUUCUUAUCUUAUAGUGCACAAGAGAAUACACACUGGAGAGAAACUCUACGAAUGCAGUUACUGUGGAAAAGCCUUCAACACAAGCUCUCACCUUAAAGUUCACAAGAAAAUACACACUGGAGAAAACCUUUAUGAAUGCAGUGACUGUGGGAAAGGUUUUAGUGGUCUCUCAUCCCUUAGAAUGCACAUGAGAACUCACACAGGAGAGAAACCCUAUGAGUGUGAGGAGUGUAGGAAAACGUUCAGUGCUGCUUCUUCCCUUAGGAGACAUGUGAGAACUCACACUGGAGAGAAACCCUAUGAGUGUAUCCAGUGUGGAAAAGCCUUUAGUCAGAGUUCUUCACUUGUUAUACACAAGCGGAUUCAUACUGGAAGAGAAUCCCUGUGUGUUCUGAAUGUGAAGUCACCAUUUCCAGUGUCCUAA